UGUGGAACGUGUAGACACUCCCAUAUCUAUCAACCGCCGAUCUUCAUUAUAUUCAAUCACUUGAUCUUUUGUAGCAACCGUAAAUUGAUAUCUAGCGUUCAAUAUGGAUCAAAACGACGAGAAACGUCACCGUUUCAAAAGAUCGAGGAGUGAAGUCGAUUGGAUAAGCAGCUUACCAGACUGCUUGCUAUCACAGAUCCUCUCGAACCUCCCCACGAACGACGUGGUCAAGACCAGCACCCUAUCCACCAGAUGGAGAAACCUCUGGAAACAAGUACCUUCUCUAGAUUUAACGAUCAUCGAUUUCCCAGACCACACCACCACGUUCGUACCGUUCCUCGAUACCUUCCUCGAUCUCAACAACUCGUGCUUACACAAGUUCAAGUUAAAGUACGACUGCGACGGAGAGAUCGAUCAUCUCAGCCGUUGGAUCAACACUCUCGUUAAACGUAAAGUGAAACACAUCGAUGUUAUAGACGACUCGUUCGCCAGCUGGGAUUUCCCGAUCCCGACGACGCUCUACACGUGCGAGAGUUUAGUCUCUCUAAAGCUCUCCGGAAUGACUCUACCUAAUCCAGACCUAGUUUCGUUACCUUCUCUCAAGACUAUUUAUCUAACGAUAGCUAAGUUCGCUGACGAGUUAGCGUUGGAGAGGCUAAUCUCGCGGUGUCCGGUUUUGGAAAGCUUAGGAAUCGAGAGGAGUUUUUGCGACGACGUUGUGGUUUUGCGCGUGCGGUCUCGGUCUCUGCUGAGGUUUAGUCAUUUUUCGGACUGUUCUGAUGAUUUGGACGAGGAGCUUGUGGUUGAGAUCGAUGCUCCUCGGCUUGAGUAUUUGCAGGUUGGUGAUCAUCGUGUUGCGAGUUUUGUAUUGAAGAACGUGGCUUCUCUUGUUGAAGCUGAUAUCGAUACUGUGUUUAGCUUUAAUUAUGAUAAGAGUUUCGAUCCGAAUGAUGCGGAAAAGAGGAGUGUGAUUCGUGGUUUUCUUGUGGGGAUCUCUAGGGUUAAAGAUCUGACCAUCGCCUCGAGUACGCUUGAGGUCAUUUAUGAUUACUCAAGAUGUGAGCCACUACCUUUAUUCCGUAACCUGACGUUCUUGCGUGUUGAGUUCUACGGCUACAGGUGGGAGAUGUUGCCCGUCUUUCUUGAGAGCUGUCCGAAUCUGAAGUCUCUUGUCGUGGGAUCUAUUAGAGGUCGGGAGAAGGAAGGAGUUAAUAUUUUGUUCCAGCCUCAGCGUCUCCUAUCUUCUUUGGAGUAUGUUAAGAUAGAGAGGCCGUUGAAAGGGGAGGCGAGGGAGAUGAAGCUAGUGAGUUACUUACUUGGGAACUCGAGGAUCCUCAAGAAACUGACCUUAUUCUUGGAUGUUUCCAUAAAGGCAGAAGAAUCUGUCGUCCUUCUCAAAGAACUCCUUACCAUUCCAAGACUCUCUACAUCAUGUCAAGUUGUCGUUCCAUAAUGAUUCUCUAUCAUAUUCAAAUAAUUUUUUAAUGUUAAUCCAUUAUAUACAUCUAAUUUAUAUGAUUUUUUUUUGUUAAGAUCAAUCGAUUGAUAUAAAUUAAAAUCUAAUAAAAGUAAAAUGGUUGAGAUACUAUGAAUCGUUUCUCAAAUUGUUUUUUCA